GUGUAAAUACUAAAGCAAUCGAUAAACAACCAAGUGGAUAAUUGUCUGACUCUCGAAUAUGAUUUAGUAUUGUGUCUCAAGUUUGUUGCUUAAUUUAAGAACAAUGAGUGUUUUAAUAGGUGGAGGGUCUGGCUUCAUUGGUCGACAUCUCGGCCUGCUGCUGUUAGAAAAUGGUUUCAAGGUCACGGUAGUGUCGAGGGAGUCUGGACCAAAUAAAAUAACAUGGACGGACUUGAAGCAGAAUGGUCUGCCAGAUGACUGUACAGCUGUUGUCAGCUUGGCAGGAGAAAAUAUUCUCAAUCCAAGGAAAAGGUGGAAUGAGAGUUUCAAAGAAAUUGUCCGAUCAAGCAGAAUUGACACGACCAAGACACUUGCGGCAGCCAUUGUGAACAGCAGUAAACCACCCAAAGUGUUUGUUUCCAUGUCGGGAGUGGCGUACUACAAACCGAGCACUACAGAGGAAUACGAUGAAGACAGCCCAGGCGGAAACUACGACUUCCUGUCUCGGCUAACCGUAGACUGGGAAAAAGCUGCCAAACUUCCGGCAUCCUCCAACGUUCGACAAGUCACCAUAAGAUCAGGCGUUGUCUUGGGUCGCGAUGGAGGAAUGAUACAACAGAUUUAUUUACCUUUCUUCCUCGGACUGGGAGGGAGAAUCGGUUCUGGGUCCCAGUGGUUUCCAUGGAUACAUGUUGCCGACAUCGGAGGAAUCUUCACCCACGCCAUCAUCAACGACAACAUUUCGGGAAUUCUCAACGGCGUUGCACCUCAAGCAGCAACGAAUCUCGAGUUCACGAAAUCUCUCGGAAGCGAGAUGUGGCGACCCACAAUAUUUCCCAUUCCAGGGUUCGUUAUCAAUUAUUUAUUGGGUGAAGAGCGUGGCAAGGUUAUCCUCGAAGGACAGAAGGUCAUACCAAAGCGGACGCUGGAAUCGGGAUACAAGUUUGUGUUUCCAGACCUGAUAUCAGCGUGUCAGAACUGUGCACAUAUGUUCUAAUACGACAGAUGUUUUUUUAUUCACUGUGCUGUAUGUAUUUUAUAACUGUAAGCGUGACUGUGUGGAGUUAGUGUUAUGGAGAUACAUCAUGUUCCCAGUGUAAACCCAAUGGAGAUUAUGAUCUAUACUGACGAUAAUGAGUUGUAGAGUUUCAAAGAACUAGGUUUGUUGUAGAGAAAACGUUAUUUCCUGUAAAACGUUAUUUCCUGUAAAACGUUAUUUCCUGUAAAAUUUUGUUGCCAGUUCUGUUGUGUGCUUGUCCUUUUUUUGUAAUUUUUUUGUCGGUUAUGUGUGCAGAUUUAAUCAAAAGUAUUUUUACCAUUAGUGUCAAGUGCGCAUAUAUAUAUAUGUAUAUUUAUUACCCAUAUGGUCUUCAAUAAACGGUUACAUAAAUGUUG